GCUGCCUCUCCUCCCAUCACUGGGUGCGUGCGACUGCUUGAGUGGAGAGGAGCCACUGGACCCUGUGCAGAAAGACAAACGUGACAAAUCUAGGGACACCAGAGCUUGACUCAGCUGCUAUAUCGACAAAAAUGGCUAAGAAUCAGGGGCAAAAAAUAUGCACAGGUUGAGAUAGAGUAUGAUAAGAAGCUCUCACUUGUGGAACGGUGGAUUUAUUAUGCUUGCUGAAGAAGUCUGAGAAAAAGGUAAAGAAAUCAUGGAAACCGACUGGAAUAAGUCCAAAAUGGAUAACAACCAUUCAGAGAUUCUUUUAAACAACAUUUACUCUGUUUUCAACCACUUUUCUGAAUGAACUGUGUAUGGGUGUGUUUUGUUUCAUGUCAUCUGUGAACGCUUUAGGACUUAAUGUCUUACAAUUUUUUAAUUAGAUGUCUCAGUUGAGCAAUCCACCAAACAGUCAGGCGUUACUGCAGUCCAUGUUGGAGAGACUGAAACUCCAGCCUGGAAGAGAAAGGCAUGCACAAGAACAUCCGGGUGAACUGCUCGCCCCUGCCCCCACAUGGGCGACAGAUGGAGUGGGAUCGAUCCAAAACCGCAAGAAACAAAGUGAUGCCCUUACAAAUGGCUUCGUGUUUGGUGAUCCUGAAAAAAGAUUCGAGGUAUCUUCUGUGGAAAGUACUCUUAGCCCCAAAGCUGAAGAGAGACUUCACGGCUUUGAACAAUACAAAAGUCACCUUCUCUUCCCACCCCAAAGAGACAAGAGCCACACGGGUGUCGAUAAGGUGUCGACGAACAUCACGUUGUCUCAGAUCUCCAAUUCGUCAACAGGACAACACUUGUCGACAAAAGGUCUUCCUUCCUCGGAAAGAACGGAUACCGGGGUGCAACAGGACAACAUAUUUGGAAAUAAAGAGCCAGACCGUGGAUUUCAACACAAUGUCCAUGACUGGUCAUGGGGAAGCACUGAUUUUACUGUGGACAAUCAAGGGAAUAAACCAUUUCAUGCUGUAAAUGGAGGAUUUGGAGAUUUGUCUAAAUGGAGAGACAUGCAUAUGAUUCCUCAUAAAGGUAGCAGCAUGACCAAGAGAAACCAACGAUCAUCAGAAAACAAAGCAAGGAGAUGGACUCGGAAACUCAAGGAGAGAUGGCUGGAAAGGCCUGGCAAAAAAGGGAAAGAGGAGUCCGAGGAGGAUGGGACGAGCAUGAGUUCAACACAAAGCCAUCUUAUCAGCACAUUAAAUCAAGACACAGAAAGGAACCUCCCAUUGGCAGGAAGCGGUGAAAACCCCACCGCGCCAUCAGAGGAUGACGCGAUUGAUGCAUUUGUCAGAUCAAGUGACGACUUUCAGUUUGCCUUCAGCUCAGGCAGCUUGCUGGAGGAGAUUGUCUCGGGCCAAGAGUGGGCCAAGUUCCUUAAUGCUGACUUGUCGGUCUCCUCAACUGCCCAGGGAACACCGGAGAAGACGCUGAGUAGCCUGGAUGUCACGCCUAAACAAAAUCAUAAUGGUCCGUCCGUUUUUGCUAGCCACCAGUCAGGAGGGUUGAACAGGCAGCGGAGGUUCAGCAGUAGUAACUUGCCAGUUCCCGUCAGAGCGAAUUCUCCGGAAACACCUACGCAGAACAGCACAGUGGACAGUGAAACUGAUCAAUCAGAGCCAAUGGAACAAGGUCAAACUCAAACGCAACAGAAGCAGGAGGGACUCCCACAAGCAAGAACUUCCACUGUUGAGCGUGCAGACAUUCUAGAUGACUCGCCGCCGACCAACCGAGUCAACCGGAAGCGACAAUAUCAAUCAGAGAAGUUGCCAAACAGCCAUGAGAUGGGCGAUGCAGAGGUGCAUGACACCCCACCCUUCUUGAACCCAAACAGAUCUUCCGCAUCUCCUGCUCCCUCCCAUUUUCCUCCUUGUGGUCCCGUGCCCCGCGGAAUCCUCAGACACACCAAUUCAGAUUCCUCCUUGGAAAGCAAAAGGAGACGAGUGGAGCCCAACCGGCGAGUUCAUUUUGCAGAGACAGUUCAGGUGAUUCCACCGCUUGAUGUGAAUGUGGAUAUCUGUGACUCAGAGGACGAAUACGGAACAGAACUAGGAUCAGAAGAAGUGGAGGAUGAGGAGCAUGUAGCAGCAGAGGAAAAGAAGGAGGAGCCAACACGUCGACCUGCUCUUCCUGCAUGGAUACGGGCCCUGAAGAAAAGGAACAGUGGCAAGAAACACUGAUAGCCAUGCAGUGAAACCUGUCUUGUACUCAUUUAUUUAAACUACACGUUGACACACCUAUUUAUGGGAUCUAAUAAAAUACUAUGCAGUGUGUAUACAUUUGAACAGAAACAAAAAGGUAUUAGCUGAACAAUGUUUAUUAUUAUGGUUGUUUGCAGUGGCAUAGAAUUGCAUCCAUCUAUCUAUUUGUAUACCUCUACAUCUUUCUAGCUUCCUAAAUGAUGCCAUGCAAUUCCACACCACUGCAAUUCACACCGGCAUUGAUAAACAUUAUUCAAUUAAAUACCAUUAAAAGUGCACUCCUAAAUUGUUUUUGUAAUACAAUAUAGUACAUAUAUUUGAAAAUAAUUGCUGAAAACAUGCAAAAGACUGAGAAGUAGUAGAAGUAGUACUGAACUGUGGAGCUAUUGCUAUAGUUAGCCUACUUUUUAUGACUCGGCCCAGUUGCCUACAACCCCAAAAUACAUCUUCUCUUGAUGACAUAAUUAACAGAACAUUUUAUUGUCGUUAUUUAAACCCACAAGUGAGAAGGUGAUGCGGCGAACGAGCCUGCCACCCCUUUGAUGAAAGUCCCUGAAGCUUGUUAACUCUUGUGCCUCUCAUCGUGGCUUGAAAAGCCAGUAAGAUCAAUUCCAGUCAUACAUUAAACGGAACAUAUAAUUACGCUCUUCUAUCUAAAGACAUAUUUCACAUCACAGGGACCUCUCCGUCAGUGUCAAUCAAAAUUAGCUGUGUAAAGACAGAAUUUUUGAUACAGAUCUUUGUCUCAUGUCAUUAUAUUGUGCAGAUGGUCAUAAUUUCGUGAUUGGUCGAUGUAUAAAACACACUCACCACUUCAUUGUGUUCACUUGCACAAUCUAACAAUGUCAUGGUCUUUCUGAAACUAAUGCACAGUUUGGAUUGAUAGUGCCAGUAUUAAUGAACAAUAUUUGUAGUUGCGUACAUACUAAGAGACAUUUCUAAUAUUUAGUAACACAAAAGCGGGCAAUAUAUAAUUUAAUCGUCCCUCAAGUGUCUUGCAGUGGGUCACAACAGGUACCAAGUGACUGGUUUGUGUAAUUUUAUUUGCCUCACAAUACUGUAAGCACUUAUGACUUGCCUUAAUGGUUCUCCAGGAUGCCUCCACCAAAGUGGCACUUAUUUCAAAACUUACGUGAGCUAUAUGCCGCAACCAUGCGGCUUUGUCCUUAUUACAAGGAUGUUCACCAAAAUCUCAAAACUCAAGCAUCUUUUAUAAUCUAAAAGGACUCGUUAUUCCACCUGAACUUGUUGUUUGCUCGAUAUCAGUUUUUUUCUUUUGGAUGAGGAGUCAUUGUUAUUUUAGUGGACAAGUUAAAGCUCCAAUAAGCUUUGAGAGUGUUGCAUCAUUAUGACAGUGGCAGCCCAUGUUACAAUAUGUUGAAGGAAUUUGCUGAUGGAGAUAAUGCAAGUAUUGUUUCUUGUAAUUUUAUUUCUUUAUUAAAAGUAUUUUUUGCUCAG